AUGGAUGAUCUUUUAGAGGAACUUGGCAUCCAAAACGAAGAAACAGAAAAAUAUGUGUACUUAGGUCACAAUAAUCAGCCACAAAAACAGAUAACUUUAAAUGUUCACUUAAACAUCCACCCAAGCAGCAAUAUUCAGCUUAGCUGCGAUCCUAAGUAAACUUUAGUCAGCGACUCAUUGAAUUAUUUGAGAUUUUUUAUAUGUGAAACAAUAGAGAAAUACCCAGCUUUUUCAGGUUUGAAUAAUCUUUAUGCAAACUCUUUGUCAAGAAACCAACAAAUUCUACCAAAAGUAAUUUUAAUUUAGAAAGGGAGCAUUGGGGAAUUUACUGCUAAUGGAGAUAAUAUCUCUUGCGAUAUAACUUCUCAGGAUAUUUGGCUUGAUAUAAGAAUCACUAGUAUUGAGUUCCAAGUUAUGAUUCAUUGAUUAGAAAAAAAAUAAUUUAGCCUUAAAAUAAUUAGAAUUUGCAUAGAAAAAACGUGCAUAUUUUAUAUGGAAAAUUUAUAGAAAAUUAUUUUUUAAAAAAAAAUUUGCAUCCCUAUGAUCCAAUUUGAAAUAAAAUUACCUUUCAAUACAACAAUUGAAAAUUUAAAAGGCUGCUUACCCUCUAAUAAAGCAAUUGGAAAAAUCCUAUUUUUUGAUAAAAAAUCACCUUCCGAACAAAAAUUUUUAAUUAAAAAAUAUUUUGAUAUAUAAUUGAUAAUUAGUAUAUAUGAAAAUAUCUUGAAUUUAAAUAGCUUGCAUUUUAAAAUAUCAAUUUUGCAAAUUAAAAUAAUUUUUCUAUUCCUAUUUUCCUUUUAAAUUUCAACAAUUUUAAUUCCAUCAUCAAGUAAAAAAUUGUUUUUCGCGGAGGAGGAGUUAGUAGACAUCGCUAACGAAAUUUUGCGAGCUAAAAAUAUCAACGCUAGCUACGAAGAGCUUGAUCUUGCUAUCAAUAAAAUCCAAGUUGAAAAAGAAAACCUCACAAGCGAGCUAGAAUGUCCUGCCCUCAAUGAAAAUGAACUUAUAAAAAAACUCGCCAGAAUCGAAAAAGACAAAUUGCUUUCAGAAGAAUUUGACCAUUUAGACAGAUAUGUCUGGUGUUUUUUAGACAAAAGAAAAAAACUUGACCCAAACGUCACCAAUCCUCCUGUAGAAAUUCCUAUCAACAAUAAGCCAGAAUCCCAUGCUUAUGAAACUUUACCAAUCAGAGGCUUAAGACUCGAAUCAACCAUGCUUCAACAAACGCCUCAAGUCAAAGAAAAAAGAAGAAAAACAAGAAGAGACCACGAAUCUGACGAAAAGCCUAACUUUUGUGCAUGUCUCAUGAUGUAA